AUGCCUGGGAGUGAUGAGGCAGCUGAAGAAUACCCAGAAGGUGGCAGGGAUUCUGCAUCUACUGACAAAUAUGGAUACAAGCCACUAACCCGGCCCUUGGAAAUUCGGGUGCUGGUACUGUAUCCUGGUGAGAAAGGCUCUCCGAUCAAAUGCAGUCUACAGCACAGUGAUCUCAGAAGCAAGAAGCCCGGGUUUGAAGCCCUUUCUUACGUCUGGGGAAGCCCAACCGUCACAAAUGAGAUUACCUGCGACAACAGAAAAAGAAAAGUGGGCAGAAAUCUUUACGACGCACUUGAACGCCUUCGACUUCCUGAUAAAGACAGGGUCCUAUGGAUUGAUGCACUUUGUAUCAACCAAAGCGACAACAUGGAGAAGACGCAGCAAGUUCGUAUCAUGGGCAACAUCUAUACCAGAGCACGUAGGGUGCUCAUCUGGCUGGGAAACCGUGACGAUAUCCAAGAAGGAGUAGGGAAGCUAGCAUCAAGACCAGCCAAUGAGAAGCAUACCGACUGGUCGCCACUUAAGCCUGUUUUCAUAAACCCUCUGUUCAUUCAAGCACAGUCUUUGCUUAUCUGGCUCGGAUUAGAAGGGGCAGUAAAUAUGGGAGUGGCAAAGCUUGGAAAACCUCAGUCAUCCGCUAAAUUUGACUGGUCCUCUCUCAUACCAGUCGUCCAGAGCCCAUGGUUCACUAGAGUCUGGUGCAUUCAAGAGCUUGUCUUGGCAUCAAAUCCCAUGAUAGUCACACGAGAUUCUAUGAUAUCCUGGGACAAGUUUGCUCAAGCUGUUCUGGAGCUUAGACACCAGUUUGACAGUUAUAGAAUGAAGACACAGUAUCAAAGCAACGAAUCAAUUGAGAACUUCUACUUCCUACAUGACAUGCGCGAAAGGCGUAAGAUGAGAAGGAGGGAAAGGCAUAGUCUUUUGGAGCUACUGUUCUUAACCCGGGGUUUCCAAACCACGGAUCCUCGAGACAAGCUCUUCGCACUUAUCGGGUUGGCCGGCGACGUGCUAUCUUCCGACUGGGAGGUGACGCCGAAUUACAAUUUAUCUGUGGACGAGGUCUACCGUCGCUUUGCUCUCUGGUACCUUACUCGCAAACGGCAAUUUGAAGUCUUCUCUUUUGGCAGCAACCACGACCUUCCUUUGUCCCCGCAACUAGAAUCCUUGCCGUCCUGGGUACCUGACUUGACGAGGUCAGAUUUUACUGCGCCGUUGCCUAAGUUGGAAUAUCUAUCUACCAACUACAUUGACAUGCGAUACGAUGUGCUGAAAGAAUUCGAGCUGCGUAAAAAGUAUUUCCAUGAAGGCAUCAAGAUUUACCAUGCAGAUCUGAAAUAUCCUUGGUGGGCACUCGGACGCCAUUCUGAUUUCCGGCCUGCACAAAUUGCGUUCUCUAACGGUACGGCCGUAAUACACGUCGUAGGAACAAAAAUUGGGUCCCUUAACGCUCUGGGGACACCUUUUAGUCAAAAAACAACUAUAGACACAUCAAUAUUACCGCAGAAAACGGUAAAAGAAAUUGAUGCUGAAGACUUGAGAUUCUCUUCCAACGUCUUGAAUACGUAUGGGUGGCUCAGUGAGACGUGGGGUCUGGUUGGAGAGAACACCUUGGGGGACAAAUAUGCACGACUUACCAGGAACACAAUUGACAGAGUCUGGAGAACGAUGAUUUGUUGUAUGACAUCCGGCGGGGAAAACGCUCAAUUCACCAUCUAUUCUCGUGCUGCGCAGUCCUUGUAUGAGAAAUUUGUCGACAGAGCGCAGCCCUUUGCAGAUAUAACCGAAGACAAUGGCAGCACACCUACAAAAGUAGUUCCAGUCAACGCGGAUAGGAAAAAUACUAGCUUUAAAACUAUAUCCUUCACAGAAGACGAGAUACAUAAAUUGCUCCUUAUACACAUGAGCGUGGUUAAGUGGCAUCAAGGACGCCGUUUUGCAAUUACAGACGCAGGCGAUUUUGCUGCUGUGCCCAAGGCAGCGCGGAAUGGGGACAUUAUCUGUAUUUUCAAUGGAGGGAGGGUGCCUUAUGUUCUUAGGCCAUGCAAAAAUGGACAUUACACUCUUGUUGGAGAGUGCUACGUCGAUGGGAUGAUGAGAGGAGAGGUUAGAGACCGAUUUCCAAGGAAGAUGCACGAGACAAGUUUCUCAAUAGAAUAG